CUAACACAUGACCAACAUAGCGAAGUACACUAAAGAAGUCAAUUAGUAUUUCCUUCAAAUUUGCGGUUGAGGCGGCUUGCAAGCGGCCUGGGGGCCUCCGCCAUACGACCCCCCAACACGAUGCUUCAAGGGGCUAAUCUGCUUUAGCUUUUCAGGAGCCGGAAGCGCGGGCGACGGAGUUGCACUUGGCAAGCCAGCAGCGGGUCCGAGCCCUUCAGCCAUCUGCACAUCCUUCCCGAAAAUGCAAACAGCCUUCACAAGCAACGCCCUGCUGCCAGUCCUGGAUCGCUCUCUUCCGCAAACAUCAGCUAUUCCGCCGCCGCCACAGCCGCCUCUAGCAGAGUACCAUUACGGAGUCCUCAACGGACCUGCGCUAAUGGCCGCCGCAGCCGCCACAGCCACCCGCGCCAGCACCGCCGGCAUCCAUGUAGCAAGCAGCCCCUGGCUAGCUGCUACCCAAAUCGCUGCUGGGAAUUCCAGUCCUCCCUCAACCAGCGCCGAUCUGGAUGAUGCCAUAAUGGAAACCGUAGAAGACGAUCUGUUCGAAAGCGGUGCCGGCAUCAGCAGCGUCAGCGGCCGCAUCAGUCGGCUCUCUGCCUCCAACGCCUCGGCUUCCUCCAACGCGCGGAGGCUGUCGUCCUUACCCGUCAUACCCUCCCUGCCCUGCGCCCCUGCCUCCGCCCUGCCCCCCCUGCAUGCCGACUCGGAUCGCCUGCCCGACCGGCCCCGGAGCUACAACACUGGACAUGUGGCCCCAGCAGCAGCAGCAGCAGGAGCAGCGCCGAACCAGCAUGUGUGCGGCGCCGGCGGCAACUGCCGCUGCGGGCCCGGUUGCUGUUGCUGCCACUGCAAUGCCGGUUGCGGCGGCAGCGGCACCGGGGGAGGUGGGCAUGCAGGACCCGGUGGAAGAGGUGGAGCUGUACAGCAGGGUACUUUGGCACGUGGGGGUGUCGUACUUUCCAUUGAGCCGUUGACGCUGCUACCGCCAACGCAGCUACAACCGCAGCAGCUACAACCACAGCAGCCUUCCCAACAGCAGCAGCAGGCCAAAGAGUCCGGACUGGGAGGAGGAGGAGGCAGCGGCUGCUGCCAAACCUCAACAUCUCACGUUCAGGUUCCUAUUUCCGUACGGCAACAGCAUCAGCAUCACAUGCAGCAGGCGCAGCUUUACCCGGGUUUUGGAUCCAACCCUUACCAGCCCACGCACCAGGACAGUGGUAUCCAGCACCAUCCCGCGUGCUGCCUGUCCGGCUCGGGAACCUACACGCGAGCCAUGACAACCGCCACAACCACCUCUAACGGUUGCUGCUCCGCCUCGGCAUCUGUCGUACAUCCUGCCCUGGCGCACAUGAUUGCUGCUGGCGACGUCGGCGACAGCUGCCGUGGCUGUAUUGCGAAAAAGGCGACGCAACCUGUGGCAGCAGCUGCAGUGACGCCAGCAGAGGCAGCGGCGGCAUCGACAGCAGCGGGGGCGGAAGAUCCGCCGCUGCUGGGGGCGCCACAGGCGCUGAUGGGUUGGGAUCUCAUGGGAGGUCCCAUAGGGCCCGUACCGGUGCCUAUUUCAGUGCAAGGUCAGUCCUCGUCAGCCCGUACCGGUGAAGGGAGUCAGGUCCUUCACCCGUCUUCCUUUGCUGGAAGCAUCGCAGCGGCGGCCGCACGCUCCUCUAAGUCCGGCAACAACAACGGCAGCAGCGUUAAUGGCUUGACGUCGGGGGGGUCGCAGCCGAGGCUUGCAGCAACCCAUGGGUCAGCGACCUUCUCGGUGGCCGCCAAUAACUCCCAUGUUAACUUCCAGCAACAGCAGCAACAGCUCUUACAAACGGAACCAUGGGUCACCGGCGCGUACGAGGAAGACGGCGGCUUGGUGGGCCUGGUGUCUGAAAAUGGGUAUCGGGAAUUCCGUAGCGGCGGUGGCGGUGCCGGCAAGGGAAGGCUGGGGUCCUUCCUCGCGCAGACGAAUGUGUACGACGCUAUGCCUGAUGCAUGCAGCAGCACGUGCUCGAAUAGGGGUCCGGGAGAUCGCGCCUGUACGACAACAACGACAGCGGUUGCCGUUUCGGUUGCCGCCGCCGCUAGCGCAGCGGCGGCGACGGGUGCUUGUGACGAGGGUGAUGUGGCCGCAGCUGUCCGUGCGCUGCUGCGUUUGGACUCGGGCGUAUCGCCGUUUCUUUUGCCGCAAGCUGGGCAGCAGCAAUUGGAUGUGUUGGGGGUACAGUCGUUGGGGCAUCAACUGUCAUCACAACUGUCGCAGCGGGUGCAGCAGUCUCAGCAGCGGCAGAAGCUGGCUGCUUUGCCACUGCCGGGUUGUGGGUCGGCACCUGUCGGCGCCGCUGCUGCCCAACCACUCAACGCCACCGUUGCCACAUCUGCUGCGGCAGCGGCGGCGACAGCGCCAGCGUCCUCCUCCGCCGCCGUCGUCGACUGCGACGUUGCCGCCGGCGCAUUCGCUCCGGAGUUGCCGCCGCCGGGGCCUCUGCCGACGCUUCCGUUGCCGGCGUCUGUUCUCGAGUCAUUGCAACCGUCUGGCAUCGCAGCGGUCGACCGUUACCUGCAGCAAUUACUAAUGGAUCCGAGCGCCGAGCGACACGUAUUCCUGUGCAAGCGCCCGUUGAGCGUUACAGCGUGUACGGCAAUUGCCAGCUGCUUGCGAGCCUGCCCUGGCGUCAAAUCCAUCACAUUGUCGUACUGCAGCAUCACGUGCGAAGGUCUCGCUUCGCUAUGCGACGGCCUGCGGACCUGUCGAGAUCUGCUCGUCUUAGAUCUGUCGUACAAUCUCAUCGCCAACAUGGGCGCCGCCGCCCUCGCCGCCAGCCUCGCCGACAUGCCCUCCCUAGCCAGCCUCUCCCUGGUGGGUAACACGGAGCUCGCCGACGCCGGCGCCGCUGCGCUGGCGGCGGCGGCUCGCGGCAGCAGCUGCCUCCGCCGCAUCGGCCUCCGGGGCACCUCCGUCACGCCGCCGGGCCUCCGCGAGUUGUCGGCGGCCCUCGGCGGCAACACCCGCCGUACGUCAGCGGCGCGGCGGAACAGUGUCGUCGCCGCUGGCGGUCCGCCGCUUGGGGUUGGCGGUGCUGCGGAGCGGCCUGUGACUUGGGACGGCAUGACGGGUGGCGGCGGAGGCGGCGGCGGGUUCUCAACGUCUGCCUCUGGCGCCGCCGACGGCGUGUUUAUUGCACAGCUCUGUACGUUGCUUCGUACACUCGUACGGCCAGCACUGGCGGCGGAGCUCGCCGUGGCGGCGGCGGUCAAUGAGAUCCUGGCGGCGGCGCCGUCGCCACUGCCGCCCGCUUCGUCGUCGACGGCGGCGGCGGCGGUGGGAGUGAAUGGCGGCCCCGUCUCGAACAUGCUGUCGUACAUUGCCGAGGGCCUGUCGCGCCGCGGUUACGACGUCGCUGUAACGCAUGCACUCGGCGGCGGCUCUGGUGGCGCUUGCCUCCGAAACCUGCGACACACGUUUUUGUCGGUAACCAGUCCAGCGACGCCGCCGCUGCCGUCGGAAUCCGCCCCCGCGUCCGCCGCCGCAUUGACGUCACUGCAUUGCCAUUCUGGCUCGUCGGCAAGCUGUCGUCAGUCUGGCAGCGCUUACACCGGUACGGCACUAGCGACGGCGCUGCCGUACCAUCCCGGCGUGAUCAUCGUGGAUCCGGAACUAAAGGAGCAGUUUGAAGUCGCCAUGCCGACAGCCCGUUAUGAGGCCCUGGUUUCGGCGCUUCCGCGGGUGUAUGUUGGAGCUGAGGAGCGAUUGCCACUUGUGGUUGAGGUCCUAUGCGACGAGAUGGCCCUUUCGCUUCGCAGCAAGGGCAUGGUCAUCCCACCCUGGCGCGAAUCAGCCGCCAUGAUCUCCAAGUGGCAACCGAAACAGUCCAGGUCGCUCGUACAAGGUACCUCCUCGACGUCAGUCGCCGCUGGUCCCGCCGUCGGCAGCAACAGCUCCGUAGCUGCCGUACACGUUGAAGCGACGACGGCGGCGGUGUCAGCCGCCACCGUCACGACGUCCGCCUCGUCAGCAAGCACGACAACCAUACGAGCGGCUUGCAUUGGGACGGUGGAGGCUGCCGACGCCGCCGCCGCCGCGGCGGCGGUUGGAAGCGUUGGCAGCGUGGCGCCGAGGGUUUCCCUAUCCGGAGGCAUUGCGGCGGCGGCGAUGCCCGUAAGGUGGCCCUUUGUACGGCAGGUCGCCAACUGUGGUGGCGGCGGCGCCGGAAGCGGCGUCGACUCGCGUUCCCUAGGCUCCACGUCAGGCGGCGGCAGCUCCUCUCGGCCUGAUAGCGUACCGUUGGUGACGUCAUUCGGGUUCCGUCAAUUCACAACCGCUGCCGACGUCGCGUCUACGUCGGAUACCGGUUUUGGAUCUGUUAACCUGGUCGCGUCAUUGGGCAUGGGAACUGCGUCGUCGGAAUCCGCCGCUUCCAUUGCCAUCCCAUCCAGCACGGGCGGCGGCGUUGCCGGCGGCGGCGGCGGUCUCAGCCUACGCUUCGUCUCCGCAACUGCAGGAAAGGUCUAAAAAUCGCUCGGGAAGGGUUUUGAUUGUGGUUUCUUGUUGGGUUACUGUGCUGUGGGUGUGAUAUUCAUACAAGGGGGCCUCUUCCUUACAAGGGGGCCUCUUCCCUUUUCAAUCUUCAGCGUUACACCUGCUUAAUGACGCUACCGGGGCCUAACGUUGAAGAGUACGUCGGACAUUUUGAGUUGGUUUGUGGUUGGAUGGCACGACCUUUCGGUCAUCGGUUAUCUGCAACGGACAGAUGAUCGCACCUUUUCCUUGUGGGGGCACAUGGUAUUCUGUAUCUACCCUAGCUGGCUGACAACUGGGCGGACUGGGGACGGUUCCUCAGCUUUAGAAGCUUUCGGGACCAGACCAUCAUCUUCCCGUUUGUCACAAACCCCCCCUGCGCAAAUAAAACAGAAAACAGUGGGUUGCCUUGGGUAGGCAUGCGAUCAUCAAUUGACUUAAAGCGGUGUGCGCGUGAUUGUGGCAGAGUGAGUGUAGCUGUCUCCUAGAUACCGCUGUAGGAUAUACCGGUAGCGCUGUAGUGGCCACCGAGGGAAGCAAGAGUUGCAACCUCUGUGUUGCUCUAUGGUUCUUAUGGUCUCUCACUUUAAGUACUUUCACGUGCUUUUAUAUCUUCCAACUCGGAGCUUUUUUUCCGGGAGAAGGAUGGGAGCAGCAGCGGGACACGCGUGCGAGUGCGUUGAGUCAACAGCGUGUUUGCGUAGCAUCUGCGUGUCUUGCGUAUUGAAGUGUGUUGGUGCAUGUGUGUAUGUCUGCGCUUUUGUGAUAUUCACAUCACGCCUUGUUGUUCGUGUCCGUACCUGUACCUAAGCGUCAACAUACGACACAGUCUUUUCCGGGCGGUGUCCUUCUGGCAGGGGUGAAUUGCGGUGACCCAUGGGUCAGCCUGAGGGGCAUUUGAGAGAUGCAUGGAGACGAUGGAGACUAACUGGACUGACAUGCGGAUGGAAUUUUGGACGUAAAGGAUAUAACUGACAUUUACUAAUAUUACCUCAUAUUUAUGGCUGGUCCUUGCGCUUUUUUUGCGCGUGGGGGCUAGAGAUGGCCUUUGGAACCCCCUCUCCGUCCCUUAGCCAUCAUAAUAGCUCAGUUUCACUCCUAAUAGAAAACUGUGGUGUAUUACAUCACAAGUCCUGACCGGUUAGUGUGUGGGGUGCCUAUCUGUGUGUGAGCACAUGUGGCUAGGGCGUCUGUGUCUUGGUUGGGCCGUUCUGGGGGCCUGAUGGCACACCACACACGUGUUUCUGAACUGCGGUGUCGUGUGGGGUCAGGCGUGAGGGGUGACGGUUGGGCACGAGGGUUGCGCGCGCCAAAUUUUCAAGAGAGAAGCCCUCAUUACUGCUCACUCCGAUAGAGUUUGUGUAUUUCACCCCUUUAGUUUUAGCGCCUGCGGGUUGCGUUGUCGGUUGCAGCUCCCUUUUUAAGGGAUUUUCUGCUUCCUACCACCACGGGCGGUACCCAAACCGAGAUGCUUUCAUAAGGACUUAGCCGGGGGCACGACUGGAGGUUGGUGGUUGACUGCGGUUGGUGGGCCGGUUGGUGGACUUAUUAUUUGUUUGUUCAGUUGGUUGGCUAACUAACUGUUUGCGUGCUUGCGUCUGGGCCGUUACUGCCUGCAUGAUCCGGACAGCUCGGUGUAUGUGAGCGUUUGAGUGUCUUCUUUCCACGGAAUUUUGCUCCCACACCGUGAAAUAGAAAAAAACAAAAGAAGCUCUAUUGUUGGGUCGUGCGUGUUGCGUGUGUUAAGAAAACUGGCCGCGAGUAGGAACGUGUGUUGCGUGUGUUAAAAUAACUGGCCGCGUGUUGCGUGUGUGUGUGUAGGGGGGGGUAUGUAGCAACGAUGAAAAUUUGAUGGCGAGCUCGCAAUGCGGCCAUGCCUAACAGAUGCCCUACUAAAUAGGAGCCAUAUGAAGAUGGAAAUGGUAGUGGAUUAGGAAGUUGGUGAGAACGCGGUUUUGGGGGGCUGAGAGGAGGAGGAAAAGGACAAGAAAAAACGGAUGCAACGACGUCGACAGCAGAAGCAGAUGCGCUGAUUGUGGUCGAGCAGGUCUCGGGGCGACGCAGCGGGCAUUGUGCUUGAGUGGUUGUCGGACCAACCGUCAUGGCAGGGGGGGUGGGAUAGGUCAGGGACGUGUGAGUCCGUGUCAGGGCCGCGCACGCCGUAUUGAGGCGUGCUGGAUGGUGGUGGCGGGUGAGCGAACGAAGCUGGUCGCAAAUGUGGUGUGGGUUGUGUGCAAGUGUGUGGGGUUUUUGUUAAUAGUAGCCGACCAACUGGGUUUGCGGGGCGACGAGACGGGACGAGAGACAAGGGCGCAAGCGGGCCAAGUCCUCCCUCCCUGGUAUCCACGCGUAGCGUCAGUGCGCCGUGCUUAUAUGCACAGCUGUUCUACUCGACUGCACAGCUGGUUCCCAUUGCUCAAGUACCGCACUGGUCACUGGGCCGAUUAGAGAGGCCUGCACUUGAAGUGGGGUUGGGUCCCCGUGUCUUGCUUGUAGCGAUGCGCGUGUAAAGGGGGUGGCGAGGUGUUUGUCACUCGUCUGCCGUUUGUGCGUGUCAAACGCGUGCUUGUGCGCUGCUCUGUGCGUUUAGGUGCAGAAGCUGUUGGGCACACUUGGAUCUUCCCUGGGUUGCUGUGUACUGUUAUGCCGGGAUACUGAUUUGCCUGUCGGGCCUUAUGUGCGUCAUAGUUCCUGCUUAGGCAUGGUGCCUUUUGUGAUGUACUGCCUUUAGAGGAAGCGGGAGGAGGAAGGGGAAACAGAGGGGGUCGUGGUGGAGGGUACAGUGCAGAAGUCGACUAGGGUUUGUGUUUAGGGUGCGUGUUGGGUUUGAAGUUGGACCGAUACACUUUUGGGGGGCAACGAAAAACGAGCAAAUGGAUUGUAGCAAAUGGGCGAGAACGAAUUGAGAUGCUGCCUGGGAUGCGUUAUAUGUGGCAGAGGUGCCGGGUGAUGCCCGAACGAGUGAUCGAGCGCAUCCCACUCAUUUGCAGGCGGCUCAAUUGUUUCAGGCAUGUCACAUUUUUGGACGUCUGUGGCAGUACGUUUUUGGGUUGCUUUUGGUGUGCGGGGUAUAUCGGUAAGUGCUUGGUUGUUCGUGGUUGCAAGCCAUGGUUCGUUGGUGUUGCUAGGUGGUACGAGUCAAGCACGUAGGGGCGCUUCCAGCGGCGGUGCUGACAAGGGGCCUUCAAUAACCGCCCGUACGUAAAUAAAUCCAAAAUCAGUUAGUCGGUUGCACAUGUGUGGUGGACGAGGGGGCCUCAUUGGCCCCUGGUGUUUGCUUCCAUCUUCCAAGCGGCGGCGCGGAGCACGGGGUAGUUGAGGGAGGGAGGCGCUGCUGUUUUGGGCCGGGGGAUUGGCGUAUGGUGGUAUGACGAAUCAUAAGGGACGAACCUUGUGCCUUUUUCGCUGGGGUAAUGCUUGCUGGUGCCUAUUCCUUGCCAGCUUUCCUUUUGCCUUUUGGGCUGACGAGGCCGUCAAGGGACGAGCAGCAAUUCAUCGGUUAUGGGUUGGGUUAACACCUGUGGUCUCUUGGCUUCACCAUGGGUACAUGUAUCCUGGUGCGCUUUUGCAGUUGCCUAUUCGCUUUUCAAGUUACGCGGUUUAGGCAAGAAGCUAUAGUAAGUCCUACGAUGUCGUUAUUCCGAUCUGUGGUGUUUGGAUUGUUUGAUGCUAUACUCAUUGAACAGUACGUAUGGCAUACCUGUCUGUAAUGCGCAUGGGAAUGGGCUUGCAUGCACCAUGGAAUAUGCCUUAAGCCGUUCCACUUUUGGUCUAUUUAUACCACGGGGGUUAACGUACCAAAGUCCCGCCCACCGAUGAUUGUGUCAUGUCGUGUAGCUGUCGUGCGCUGUGUUACAACAUGCGGCUUGAGUGAGGGUGGCCCCAGCUGAAUGCCUGCUUUUUCGCGGGUUUUUUGGCGCUUCUUCGCUAAAGCUCUGCUGCGCGGGCGGCUUGAUGCAUGUACUGAUGCCCGCAUGCGGUCUGCUAACACCGGCCGCAGCGUGCGUUGCGCAGGGAUGGAGGGAUGCAUGCGUCAGCUGUUGUGUACGUGGAUGUGAAACAUUGCGGAAUAAACAGUAAAGUGUAUGCGCUGUGUAGCGAGUCGUAUGUGUGUGAUGAUCGGGCUCAUGACUAUUGACGUUACUUAACGGUUUAUUGCCGUUCUUUCAUGUUUUGUCGUGCCAUAGCGCCUGUUGUACGGAUUCGCGGGUAGCAUCCUUACCCAUGUCAUCGUGUUCAGUACGGCGAUUAAUUCGCUGUGAUGUACGAAUAUGUACGGCCGUGCAUGUAUCUUGCGGGUGUUGGUCUUGCACGCUUAGACCGCAAAAAUGGUGUAACCAAGUAAUUAGAA